UUAAGCCAAUUUCAAAUUACUGAUAUGGUGCCUCUUCUCCUUCCCAGUAACCAAUGACCAGGGACUGGGAGUGCCGUUUUGCUCCUUCACUGUUCACUAUCCGUCUAAUAUCGCUUCUCCACCGCGGACACGGCCUAAACCCUAAUUUCACCAAUUGAAUUUGUUUUGUUAUUUUAUUUUCUUCUUUAUAAUUCAAAAUUGCGACUUCUUCACACGGAAAUGCAGUUGAGAUCCAGCCAUGGACAGGGAGGCUAACCUUCCGGUCUCGGCUGCUCCUCCACUCGGGAAUCUCGUCCGUCAUACCAUAAACUCCGACACGACGUCGUCCUCGUCCUCGUCCUCGUCUUUCUCCUCCUCUUCCCCUCCGGACUUUCUCAAGCAUGUUCAAGCUGCCUUCAAGCGCCACCGUCCCAUCUGUACCAUGCCGACCUAUAGUAUAAAGCCUAGGCGUAUAUUGGUUCCAGAAUGUGAAAUAUCUAAAGCUGCAGUUUCCGAUAUAGACCCUAAGGCAGGCAUGAAGAAAUCUGAACGUGUGAUUCCAUUCGAUCUAAAAGAUUCAACUAUGCAAUGUAAAAAUCCAGCUGCUGUUAUGGAAACUCAAGAAGAGUCAAUUACUCCUCCUUCCAUUUCAGGCACCAUCACAAAGACUCUUGAUGAGAAUUUCAACCCACCUGAUGUGCAGAAAAGUCAAUCCCCAUCAAUUGUUGAUUGUAAAGCAAAUAAUCCAAUGUCCUUGUUACAUGUUGAUGGCAAGAGAAGGGUCCAGUUUUCAGUCGUAAAAAUUGCUAAUUCCCAAGAAAUGGAGUGGGAUGCAAGCAAUCAAAGAGAUGCAUCAAAUGUUAUCAAUGAUGAAUCAAAGCAUCAGAAUUUUCAGAGCAUGGAAUCUGAUAUCAGUUUGAGGACUGAUGGCGCAGCAUCUUUGUUAGCAAAAAGAACAAUACUUGCCCAGGACCAAUUGCAUCAACUUGGAAACUUUUUAGGCCAACCUGCAAUUCAAUCUUCAGUUGUUGGCUCAUCUUGUGCCACCACAACAUCUGUCCAUUCUACUUCAGCUCCUAUGCGUAACUCAACAUGUUAUUACUCUCGUUCACAUGCAGAGAGUGGCACUUCUGUGAGAGUUGAACCAUUGGGAGAUGUUAAUGUGAAUUCUCUGCAUAUAAUUCAAAGAAAUAUGGAACACCUGUCCUAUACUUCUUUAAAGGACACAAAUGGCAUGCUAAUUGACCAAAAAGCCAUCGCAGCCCAAGCUUCUACAUCUGCUAUUGAUGCCCAAAUGAAUGAGCACCAUCUGCCCAGGGAGAAACAGGGCUAUCUGGCCAAGGAGACUAACAUUUCAGGCAAUCCUUCUUAUGUUGAUGAUAGCACAACUAAAGAGAGAGGAUCAGUAGACAAUGUCCAUGAUAUACAAGCUCAGAAUCCAUUGUCAAAAAAUCCAUCCUCAGAUGUGAAGUUGGAGCCUUUCAAACCAGAAAAGCAAGAAAACGUCACAAGUGGUAACACUGUUCCAGUGCCUCGUAAAAAGAAUUAUGACCCUGACUUGUUUUUUAAAGUUAAUGGGAAGCUCUAUCAAAGGCUUGGUAAGAUAGGGAGUGGAGGGAGUAGUGAGGUGCACAAAGUUAUCUCUUCAGAUUGUACAAUCUAUGCACUGAAGAAAAUCAAACUCAAGGGCCGUGAUUAUGCAACUGCUUAUGGUUUUUGUCAGGAAAUUGAGUAUCUAAACAAAUUGAAUAGGAAGAACAAUAUUAUACAGUUAAUAGACUAUGAGGUGACAGAUAAAAAUUGGCUAUGUGAAGUCAUGAAUGGAUCUGCAAGUAAUAAAGAUGGCAGAGUUAAGGAUGAUGGAUAUAUAUACAUGAUCCUUGAAUAUGGGGAAAUUGAUUUGGCUCACAUGCUUUCACAGAAAUGGAAGGAACUUGAUAGCACCAAUCAGUCCAUAGAUGAGAAUUGGCUGAGAUUUUACUGGCAGCAAAUACUUCAAGCUGUAAACACCAUACAUGAGGAACGGAUAUUGCAUUCUGACUUGAAGCCAGCUAAUUUUCUUCUUGUCAAAGGGGCUCUAAAGUUGAUUGAUUUUGGCAUUGCCAAAGCCAUAAUGAGCGAUACGACUAACAUCCAAAGGGAUUCACAGGUGGGUACUCUAAGCUACAUGUCUCCUGAGUCUUUCAUGUGCAAUGAGAGUGAUGCGAAUGGAAACGCAAUAAAGUGUGGUCGGCCAUCAGAUAUUUGGUCGCUUGGCUGCAUACUAUACCAAAUGGUAUAUGGGAGAACCCCCUUUGCAGAGUACAAGACUUUCUGGGCUAAGUUCAAAGUAAUAACAGACCCAAAUCAUGAAAUAAGUUAUGUUCCAGUUUCCAAUCCCUGGCUUCUUGAUCUUAUGAAAAAAUGUCUUGCCUGGGAUCGGAAUGAAAGAUGGAGAAUUCCUCAACUACUUCAACAUCCUUUUCUCGUUCCCCCGGUCCCUCGGCAACGAUCCUUAUCCAAUGAGCAAGGUUCUGUGCUGCUUCAACUUGUUGCUGAAGCUUGUGCUAGUAAUCAGGAAGCCUCCAAGCUCUGUCGUGACCUCCAACAAAUGCUUACUGACCCAGUUGCUCUCCUAAUACAUCAGUCGUUAACAUCAAGAGACCAACAGUGUAAGUUGCUUGCAAAAAUGUCUAUGCUUAGCUUUCAACUGAGAGAAUGUCUGUCAAAGUUGGAAAGGGACUCGAAAUAGAUUCAGGUACACAAGUAAGUGUUAAAGUGUGUAAAUUUAAGGAGCCUUUCGGCUGAAAAAUCAUGUUCAAUCUAUUAAUUCGAUUGUAAUACUUGUUCCA